GGCUGUCAUUUGUCAAACGAAUCAAAUUUUUCUAGGUUAUCUAAUUUCGCGGCUUCAGCAAGUCUGUGCUUGUUUUUGUGUUGCACAAAUAGUUAAGACUCCGAAAUGCCUCCAGCGGCAAAGAAAGACUGCUCUGUUGUUUUGUUUGACGUUAAAGCACAAGCGCUUGCCAGACAAACCCUGGCAAAAAUUUGCUGCACGAAUUUUUUCUCCGGCUCCAAAGACCUAACCAAACUAAUUUUGUUAAAUUCAGACGUAACUGAGAACCGAUUAAACGCUAAGGAUGGUGGUUACGACAAUAUUAACGAAGUUUCGAAAGAUAUUACAACGUAUGACCCCAAACUCGUGUUUGAGAUGAUCAAUGAAAAUAACGAGCCGGGUGAGGCCAACUGGCUUGAAGGGUUGUAUGUAGCGGUCAAAAACCUAGAAGAAGAGUUCGAAGACAUCGGCGGCAUUAUCACACACCAAAUUUUAUUUAUCACAGAUCUCGCGACACCGCUUGGUGACAAAAAUCAAACCCUCAUUGAUAAAAUCGUACGAGGAAUAAAGAAACUAAACGCGUUUUUGUAUGUCGUGGGGCCUGAAAUUGAAGUUCCUUUUACUAUUAAAAGUCCACAACAUGUUAAAUUGUGGAUGAAAAAUUUUAAAGCAACCACUGACAAUCUCACAGUGUUGCAAAAAAUUAUUUCUCAAAUAGAUAACAGCGUUGUUUGUGAUUAUAAAAUGGGGGUGCAUUUAUUCUUUGCUUUUAAAAACAAGAUAGGUGGUCAACCAUGGCAAGUCCCGUUGGGUUUAGGGAGUAAAAUACAAAUUCCUGCACAAACUGUGAAAGUCCUAGAUAUGGACGUUAAGUGUAAAUUAGUGUCAACGCAAGGAGCAAUAAGAAACCCUGCUUGGAUUGAUGCAGAGGAUGAGACAGUGGAAGUUGAUGCCUCUGAUGUAAUCAGCGGAAUAAUGAGGCACGGUAAAUUCGUUCAAAUGCCGGAAAAUAAGAUGUUUCAAGUCGAGAAUCCUAGGAGUUUCAGCGUCCUGUGUUUCACAGAUAGCGUUAACGUACCAGAGUAUCUUAUGAGGGGUGACGGCUGCUACCGCGUCCUCCCCAACAGCACCCCCGAAAGAAACGAGGCCCUAAACAUCCUAAUCGACCGUUUGGCUGAACAAAAAAAAUACGUCAUAGCUAGACGCAUCUACAAUAACAAUUUCGCGCCAAAAAUCGUAGUCCUGGUGCCUAAACCGGACAACAACCCGAAAUGUUUCCUCUUCACGUCGCUACCGUUCAACGAAAACAUCCGCGUAAACUAUAGAGAACGAAAACUAGAGUCGGCGCCGCAGGUCGACACGUCUGACGAAAUAUACAGCUUCUUGGAUAGUUUAAACACGGAAAGCGACAAGUCCGAGAAGAAGCUCUCUCUCGGGAUUAACAUGAUGCAGAAUAGCAACAGCCAGAGACUUGUUAAUAAAGGGGCUGAUAAACUUUUGGAAAAACCCAUGGCCCUGGAAGAUGUCGAUAUAGAUCUUUUGGAGCCACCAAGUGAUGCGGUUUGUGAGGGUUUGAAGAAAUUGUGGGCUGAAAGAACGGUUAAAGAAGAGAAAGCGAAGAAGGAGGAAGGUGGUGGUGACGACUCGGAUAACGAUUUUGAUUGGUGAUUGGUCGGUGUUGCACUAUAUUGUAUUUGAGUCGCAUUGGUUAAUACAUGGUUUAACUUUAUAUAAAA